AUGUCACAGGUCGGCUUGAUAACCUCCCGGCGAACUUUGCAGGGAUGUAUGAGAUCUGUCUUUACAACAUCACAUCAUGAACGAUCCGAGACCGCACAUGAUGUGAAAUCGUCCAAUAAUGAAGAGGGAGAGUUCAGAGUAUAUAAGAUAGAUGGGCUGGAUGCAACUCACACUGAACGGAGAACAAAACGCCCGCCGAAGACGCCCGCUGUGCCUAGAUUCCGUAGUAUGCCCGUAGAUCAAGACUGGACUGAUGUGUGGCCAUCUGCAGCAACCUUCAAGUGGUCUGUUGUACCCUUCCCUGUUAGGCAAGGAUAUGUAAAGAACUCUGCAGAUAAUAAAGGUGUUAUACCUUCAAAAUAUGCAAAUCUGGAGUUGAUGAAGGGUCCAAACUUUCUCCAUCUAACACCUGCACAUGUUAAGAAACAUUGUGCUGCUUUGAAAAAAUUCUGCACACAGUGGCCUGAAGGUCUUGAAACAGAUGAGCGGUGUCGACGCCAUUUUCCUAUUGAAUCUGUUACAACCAGUUAUGUUUUUGCUGCCCCAUCAGUUCGAGAUCCCAGAUCAAGAAUUGCAACAAUAAAGUUUCAUCUGUCUGACCUAGAACUGGAUUACCAUGCAAAAGACAAGUUUAUCAGACUGGUGGGUGACAAGUACAAUAAAGGCACAGAUGAGGUCACAUUUGAGAGUGACAGGUGCCCUUUGAAAUCUCAAAAUAUGGAGUACCUGAAAUUUGUUCUUACUGCUGUUUAUUUUGAGUCUUGGAAAAAGGAAAGCUGGGAGGACUUGAAAACACUUGAUGACAUGGAGAAGUAUAUCUGGGACCUCAAUGUAUCCAAGAAAAAUUGUCUGUCGAUUCUCAAACAGAUCAAGGCAGUAGAUGAUGUCUCAAGUUCGGAUGAGAGAUGGCUGAAUUAUCUGUCUGUUGAUGUCUCAGAUGAGGAAGCUGUUUGCAGUCUGCCAGAGGUUGCUGAUUACAAGAAAUCAGUGGAGGAAUUAUUCUGUGAGGAUGAGAAUAUACAGACUAUAAACAAUUACAAAAAUUCUGUGAAAAAAUUGCUAAACAUCCAGGGUGAGGUGUCAUAG